UGAGUACUCUGGAUGGAGCAAAGUAAUUGAGGAUAAACAAUCAGAAACUCCUUACAUAAAGCAAAAACUCAACGGAGUUACUACAAUUAAAAGAAGGACUGGCUGCUUGACAUGGAUUGUUCGGACAUCUACAAUACUUUUCGGGAGUGAAACAAAUUGAUACUUUGUGGCAUUUCUGUCUAGUUGCGUGAUUUAUCUACUUUUAUAAAUCACAUUUUUGUAUGAGAUUCAGAUCUAUUUGGAUUCAGAUCUGCGACGGAUCACGUAAGACCUUUAUUUGACUUUUUAACUCAACACAACAACGUUGGAAUGUGAUCGCACGUAUUGGAUAUACAUUGGAUUUAUAAAGCGCACUGGGCGCCGAAAGCGCACACAUUACACGGAGCAUCUGAAUUCUGCAUCUGGACAUCAUCGCAAACUUUAAAUAUGGGGAAUAUUGAGAGUGUGGACGGGCAAUCCGAGCUGAAGCAUCAUAUAAUGCCCAUGAAGGUUCCCAUGCCCGACCCAACUGAACUUGAAGAAAGGUUUGCCAUAGUUUUGAACUCUAUGAACCUGCCCCCAGACAAAGCACGUCUCCUACGGCAGUACGAUAAUGAGAAGAAGUGGGACCUUAUCUGUGACCAGGAGCGUUUCCAGGUGAAGAAUCCUCCCCAUACAUACAUCCAGAAACUACGGGGGUAUUUAGACCCAAAAGUCACACGCAAGAAAUUCCGCAGGAGGGUUCAAGAAUCCACCAAAGUCCUGCGGGAGCUGGAAAUAUCCCUGAGAACCAAUCACAUUGGCUGGGUUCGUGAAUUCCUCAAUGAUGACAACAGAGGACUGGACAUUCUGGUGGAGUAUCUCUCCUUCGCCCAGUGUGCUGUCAUGCUGGACUUUGAGGCGCUGGAGAUUGCGGAUGACUGUUUGCUGGACAAAACUAAGUCCUGGAGCAGGUCCAUCGAGGAUCUGCACCAGAACGGCUGCAAUACGCUGGUGCGCUCUGCGCGGCAAUCCGUCCUCCGGUAUGGCACACUACCCAACAGCAAAACCGUCAAGAACUCCAGAUUAGUCAGUCAAAAGGAUGAUGUGCACGUGUGCAUUAUGUGUCUUAGGGCGAUCAUGAAUUAUCAGUACGGCUUCAAUCUUGUCAUGUCUCACGCACAUGCUGUCAAUGAGAUUGCCCUCAGUUUAAACAACAAGAACCCUAGAACAAAGGCGCUGGUCCUGGAACUGCUAGCUGCUGUGUGUUUGGUGCGAGGAGGCCAUGAAAUCAUCCUUUCGGCGUUUGAUAACUUCAAAGAGGUGUGUAAGGAGAAACAUCGGUUUGAGAAGCUGAUGGAGUACUUUCGUAGUGAAGAUGGAAACAUCGACUUCAUGGUUGCCUGUAUGCAGUUCAUCAACAUCAUGGUCCAUUCGGUGGAGGACAUGAACUUUCGUGUACAUCUGCAGUAUGAGUUCACUAAGCUGGGCCUCGAUGACUUCCUAGAGAAAUCUAAGCACACAGAGAGCGAUAAGCUAUCGGUGCAGAUUCAGGCAUACCUGGACAAUGUGUUUGAUGUUGGAGGACUGCUGGAGGACGCUGAAACAAAGAAUGUGGCACUGGAGAAGGUGGAAGAGCUGGAGGAACAUUUGUCACAUGUGACAGAGAAGCUUCUAGAUGUUGAAAAUGAGACCAUGAUGAAGGUAGCAGACCUUGAGAAACAACUAUUACACAAAGACAAGGAGUUAACUUCUUUAAAGGAGACGAACGAUUCAGCCAACACACAGGUGCACACGCUGAGACGGAUGAUCCAGGAGAAAGAUGCUGCUUUCCAGAGGCACAACAACAUUGAGAAGCGUUUGCUGGAGUUGGAGCAGCAGGGUACCAUCCGUCUGCGAAAACAGCCUGAUGGAGACAUUGCCAUUGAGCCUCUGGGUGGUGCUGGGUCUGUGACUAGAGCUCCUCCGGGAGACCUGGGCUCAUUUUCUGCAGGCGUGACUAGGAUCGGAGGCAUCACUUCUUUUGCUGAUUUAGAAGCUGCUGCUCCGCCUCCUCCCCCGCCUCCGCCACCACCUCCACCUGCCCCACCCCUCCCCUCAGAAGUGGAGUUUAUUCAUAUCCCUCCUCCUCCACCACCACCUCUACCUAUAUCUGGAUCAUCAUCACCAUCAGUUAUCCUUAGCUUAGGUUUAUCAGCCAUUCGCAUUAAAAAAGCCAUAAAAACCAAGUUCCGCCUUCCUAUCUUCAACUGGACUGCGCUGAAACCCAACCAGAUCAACGGCACCGUCUUCAACGAGAUCGACGAUGAGCGUGUGCUUGAGGAGUUGGAUCUAGAGAAGUUUGAGGAGCUGUUCAAGACGAAAGCUCAAGGUCCUGUGGUGGAUGUGUCGACUUCAAAGAGCAAAGUGUCUCAGAAGGUCGUGAACAAAGUACAGCUGCUGGAUUCUAACCGCUCGAAGAACCUGGCCAUCACUCUACGCAAGGCAAACAAGACCACGGAGGAAAUCUGCAAAUCCAUUCAAACGUUUGAUUUGAAGGCUCUUCCGGUGGAUUUUGUUGAAUGUCUCAUGCGGUUUCUACCCACUGAGGCCGAGAGCAAACUCAUGCGUCAGUAUGAGCGGGAGAGAAGACCUCUGGAUCAGCUGGCUGAGGAGGACCGCUUCAUGCUGUUCUUCAGCAAGAUUGAACGUCUCACUCAGAGAAUGAGCAUCAUCACAUUUGUGGGAAACUUCAGCGAUAAUGUCAACAUGCUGACACCGCAACUCAAUGCCAUCAUUGCGGCAUCAGCUUCCGUGAAGUCCUCUCCAAAAUUAAAGAAGAUACUUGAAAUCAUUCUUGCUUUGGGAAACUACAUGAACAGUAGUAAGAGAGGGUCUGUGUAUGGCUUCAAACUGCAGAGUUUGGAUCUGCUGCUAGAUACUAAAUCUACAGACCGGAAGAUGACAUUACUGCACUACAUUGCUCUGGUUGUAAAAGAGAAAUAUCCCGAACUGGCCACUUUCUACAAUGAGCUGCACUUUGUGGAUAAAGCUGCGGCAGUCUCUCUGGAGAACGUUUUGUUGGACGUUAAGGAGCUCGGUAAAGGCAUGGAGCUGGUCAGGAAGGAGAGCAGUCAACACGAUCAUCCCAUUCUCAAAGGCUUCCUGCAGACCAGCGAUACCCAGCUGGACAAACUGCAGAAAGAUGCCAAGACUGCUGAGGAGGCCUUCAACAAUGUGGUGCUUUAUUUUGGAGAGAGUCCAAAGACAACGCCGCCCUCCGUGUUAUUUCCAGUGUUCGUCAGGUUCAUCAGAGCUUACAAGGAGGCUGUGGAUGAAAAUGAACAGAGGAAGAAGCAGGAAGCGGCCAUGAGAGAGAAACUACUAGCGCAGGAAGCCAAACAGCAUGACCCUAAGGUCCAGGCUCAGAAGAAGAGGCAAGGGCAGCAGGAACUGAUCGCAGAGCUCAGACGAAGACAAGCCAAAGACCACCGGCCGGUGUAUGAGGGAAAAGACGGCACCAUUGAAGACAUCAUCACAGUGCUGAAGAGUGUGCCCUUCACUGCCCGCACGGCCAAACGGGGCUCUCGCUUCUUCUGCGAUACCAACCUCUUCGACGAGUCCAUCUGCUAGCCCCCAAACCCCCCAAAAACCCUAAUGCCGCAGAUCUCCGAAGCCAGCCCUUCCUGCGAGCUGACGCGGUGAUCCGGAAUGGGUGGAAGCGACCCUAAAGACCCCUCACUCACUCACCCACUGCUACCCUCUCCCCGCUUUCUUCUGAAUGGCGUCUUCCUGCAAUUCACGGUGACUGAGGGAAGUGCAGGACCAAACCAAUGUCUUUCAUUUGUAGGGGUGGGGAAGUUGUUAUUUAUUUAUGGAAAUCCUUUUUGGGUUCUGCACUGGAGGCUCUCUCAACAAAGCCAUAAAAGCACAGACGUUAAAGGGCUGCCACCCUGUUCUCGUGAACGCAAAUCCUGAGGAGCGUGCGUGUUCGCACAGGAAAAAGUGGUUGCAAAGAAAAGACACCGGCAGCCCUGGCCGACCAUGAAGAGCCUGCCAACGGGAUCUCACGCCCAUUAACAUGGGUUUCCUUAUAUUGUGCAAUCUAAGCAUGACUUUCUGACAGUGGGGUAGAGCGGACGUCCUCUCCUGACCCUGUUUGUACAGUUCUUUAUAAACUAUGAACUCAAAAUAUUUGUUAAUCCUAUUUUACCUGCAGCAGGUUAGUCUGUCUCCAGUAUGUUAACCUAGAUCAGUACUACGGUUACAAAGAUGUGCCUUUCUGUUGAGUCAGUAUUAUUUCUUAUAACCUAUAUUAUUGUAUCUGAGUUUAUACUUUUUUGGUAAUCAUUUUGUUGUAACAUUUUGAUACUUAAUGUAUAUAUAAUGUGCAUUUCAGCUUUAAUGAAAGGGCCUGAAUGAGUGCUCUGUUUAACUGACCAUGUGCCUUGUGUUGAUGGUGCCUCUGUCCUCAUGCGGACUUUAAAGACCUCAUGACAUCACGACUAGAGUGUUGUCAUUGAUGUCUAUAUGCUAUUGUAGAGUACUCCUGAAAUGAGACAGAAUUAACUUAUAUAGCAACUACAUGUAUUGAAGUAUUUAUCUUCCAGGAAAACAACUAAAAAUGACUCGGCCCAACAUUUUAUGUAAUUGUGCAAUCAGAUGCUCUCAAAAAAUAGAAGGAAGACUUUGAUGUCACCUAAACUUUCUACUUUAUUUAGAAAAUUUAUCAAAUGCUUCUAAAGUGAUUACAUGGGGUCUUUAAAUGGACUGUAAUUGUAAAUUUGACUUGCACGUACCAAAAUCCUGUACAUAGUGCUUGUUCAAUGUCAUGAAAGCUUCGAGAAAAGUGUGCUCAUCCGUUCUUCCAUGCUGCAGACACACUGAUUUAUGUAUAUACGUAUAUUUUACUCCCUUUAAAAAUAUCAAACUGUUAAGAAAUUGUUAAAUCUCUUGGGGAUAAUUCGUACACUAGUUCACCCUAGCUGCCCAGUAAACUAAUGAAUGACAACCCCCAUAUUACUUCUGUUCGCUUGAAACCAAAAUCUAUUCUAUGUAUUUUGAUAAUGUAUACAUUAUGUUGUUGGUUCCUAAUCAAAGAAUUGUUCUCUUUGCACUAUCAUUAAGCAUCAAUUCAAUGAUUGUCCAGACACAGUGACUUCAGCCUUAAGUGAAAGUCAGUACAGAGGGCAGAGCAAUAUAGUACAGAACUGUAAACUGCACAGAAACUGAAACUCAAGAGAGAAAAACAAAGGCAACACUAACAGUAACAUUUCUUAUUAUUUUUGUAACUUUUUGAAUUACAGAAUAUAACAAAUCUAGCCUUUUUGGAGGAAAAGCACAAAUAAAUAUGAAUGUACCAAAGUGUGGAAGUUUGGUUGAUAUGGACCAAUGAAUGCAACAGUUCACUUGAUAUUCUGUUAUAGGCCGAUUUGAAAACAUGACAAUGGAAAAUAAAAUAUUUGAGACUUCA